AUUAAAAUUAAUGUAUAUAACUUUUAGUCCAGGAUCAGGUAAUAAUAAUUAAAAAUAGAUUUGUAAUUAUUAUUAUUGCAGGUUAAUUUUAAAAGAACGAUCGACAAAUUUUUUUAUUAACUCUUGUAUAUAUUCUAAUACUUAUUCACGCUCAUGAGACGUAUGGGUUUCUGUCAUUCCCAUACCCAAUACACACAAUGACUCAAUGACUCACAUUGUAAUCAAGCUCAAAACGUGUCCUCAAUAUGGUCUCGUGUGCAUAUAAACAUGAACCAUGUCUCCCUAACUCUGUUAGAUUACUGUUAAAAAAAAAGCAGACUUCAUACUAGGCACGUGUCGUGGGUGCCUAUCACGUGCGUCGGGGGAGGCUGGUUGUCGUUUUCCUUCAUAGGAAGGUAUGGUAUUUUCGAAAAAAACAAAACAGCUUUUUCGUGUGAGUUGGCUUAAAAAUAUUGAUACAACCUUAACCUUAGCGAAUGUAUCCCUAAGUACGCCAUUGGAACUUACUUAAAAAAGGGAGCUCAAAAUCGGUUAGCCGGGCAAGGAAUAGUUCAACUGCAAUGUUUGUUUUCUUUACUUUGAUUCCUAUUUUAAAAAUGAAAAACUAUUUCUCAACGCAUUUUAAUGUCAAGGCUUCUCUUAUUCGAAAUUAUUUUCCAUAUCAAUUUGUAUAAAAAAAUUGGAGUUUCGGGAUUGAAAAAUAUUGGUUAUACCGAGUGCGUCAUGUAGGACCUACCCUUCUCCUUCUGGUUCCUACAUAUGGAGGAUAUACAAUGAAAUUCCCAUUUCUGCGCAAUAUUGUAAUGUGUUAAGUUAGGAAAUACUAUAUUUUGUUUUGAAUACCAUGAUCAUAAUUUGUGCAUCCCUGGAUUUUUUAUUGUUUCAAAGACCAUGUUAAAAAUUAUAUAUAUUAAACAUAACUGGCCUUUCUAUUUAAGUUUCUUAAGACAAGAUAUAUUUUGUAUUGCUAUAAAGGACCACAAGGACUCACACCAGCUUGUUGUCACACUGGCUUUGUACUUUAGGCACACAUGCGCUAUUUAAAUGAAUUAUUUUAAAAUUAAAAUAUCCCUGAUAUUUUAUAUGUUUCAGCAAUAGAGAAAAAAAAAUAAUAAAAUAGAGAAUGACAACCUUCACACAGCAAAACGAGAUGUGUCACAAAAUCCUAACACAGCAAGUAGCUGCACUUCAAGAGGUUACUGAACAUUACAACAAAACGUUGCUGGCCUUUUUGAUCAAGGUAAUCUACCAAAAUCUCUGGUCAAACGAUUCUUUAAGAAAUAGGGGUAGGUAAACUGUAUUUGUGUAAUCAUUAAGCUUCUGUGGGAAUUUUUGUUUCUUCCAAUUGCCAAUAGGUGACGACAUAUCGUAACCGCAGCAGAUUAAUUUCAUUUUAAUUUUUUUUAAGAGAAAAAAAAGAAAGAAAUAUGGGUUUUAAUAAAAACUUAUAUCAUUAGAAAAAAGCCUUAUCACUAUCUUAAGUAAGCAUGAAAUAUAUUACUCACAAGUUACUUUUUUUGUUUUUUUGUUAACAUAAUAACAUGAACUUGUAUAAAAGAUGAAUAUAUAUUAUAGAUGUUAAUAAGUUUGAAAAACUAACUGUACCUAUACAUAAUGCAUAUGUAAUCAAUCUAAAAUUAACAAUCGAAUUGCCUGAUUGGAUUUAACAAUAUGUAAAAGUUAUGAAUUGUAAAUGGAUAAUUUUAUUUAAAUAUUUCACAGGUUCAGUCUGAUUCACUGUCUUUAAAUGUUGAAGGUAAUGACUUUCAAGGAAGAUUUGAACAUAUGUACCCACUUGUUCAGCGGAUUAUUCUAUAUAUCCUCUCAAAGACCAAUGAAUUUAAAGGUAAUGCUACUCUUCAAAAAACAUCGGCACAAGUGGUAUUUCAUUGAAAAAGACAUUAAAAAUGAUUUCGCUAAUACAUAACACAAAAUAAUAAUUUGAAAUAAAAAAAUAAAAAUUAUCUGUAUAAAUAAAGCAGGAAUAAAAAAAAUUUAAUUAAUUAAAUUUAAUAGUAGAACAAGAUAUGCUUAUACUUGAAAUUAUAAUAAAAGACAAUACAGGGGAAGUUUCGGCUCGAUGCCCUCUUCAGAAGGCAAUACAUUUUUUAAAAAAACAAAAAAAAACAUAACAAAUGAAACUAAUUUUCUCGAAAAACUUGUUUAAGUUAAUGCAGCUCAAUGUUCAGAACGGGAAGCUGUCAAUAUCUGAUGCUGAAAGAAACAUUAUACGGAAAAAAACAUGUAAAUGUGUAUAUGUAUAUUUUUACAAGCAUCUGUGUGCUAAGAAUGGAUUACCUAAUAAUUUGUAAAACACAUUCAAAAUUAAGUCAAAUGUGGCCAGGACCUUUCGCAAGUGGGGUCCUCGGAUAUUUAAGGGUCCAAAAGUUGUGAUGUGUAAAAUAAAGUUAAUUAUCAAUUUUCAAUGCACUGGGCAAGAAACCGACCAGUUGCAGGGUGCCUCGCAAUAUGUAUGAUGACUUUGAUUGUUAUGAAAAGCGUGAUGUAUUAUCAAGUAUGGUUCAUUUAUAUUAGAAUUGUCAUUUCAAACAUUAGAAAUUUUAAGAUGAAAUAAAUAAUUUUUAUUUUUUUAUUUGCUAAGGAGACAUUCUGAUAUGAUCAAAAUAAUCUUAUUAUAUUUCAAUGUCAUACAUUCUUUUCUUACUUUAAAGGUGCAAUAGAUAAAGGAAGCGAAAAUCAAAUACAUGUGCAAUGUGCAUCAAGUUACAACGCCCAACCAGCUUUUAAAUUACAGGAGACCUAUCAAGAAAAUGGUAAUAAGCUAGAACAACGUGUACCAAAAUAUAAAUCUGACAUGAGUAUUUCUUCUUGUGAUGUAUACAUACAUUAUAUUUGUUAACAAGUCAACAUUUUUUUUUUAAAUAUGUUUGUAUAUAAUGAAAAUAUAGAAAUCAUCAUACCACACUGGCCGGUUUAUGGGGCGGGGGGAGGGGGUGGGAGGGGCGCCACGAAGAGUUCAACUCCGCUGGUUAAAGUUUUCGGGGUUAUGAUAACAUAAUAGUGUAUACAUCAUAAGCGUAUGUACAAGCGGUUGUGUAUACAUCAUAAGCGUAUGUAUAAGCGGGCUCACUUUUGGGAGUUUAUAGGGGUAAACUUUGACCGUUGACCCAAUCUAUCGACUUUGACAACCGCACAUGUUUCAAUGUAUCGACUUUGACAGCCAGCAUGUUUCAAUCUAUCGACUUUGACAACCGCACAUGUUUCCAUGUAUCGACUUUCAGUUGUGAAUUAUCUGAUUUAAGGGGGAAACCUUGGCCGUUUACCCUCCCCCCCCCCCCCCCCCCCGCAUUAAGUAGGCUAACCUAACCAUUUGACGAUGCAUUUCACAUUUAUUGUCUUUGACUUAAAGUAAAGCAGCACGUAUUUGAUUUGUUGCCGAGUAGCUAUUCUUUCCACAAUAAUAAAUAUUUGUUUUUUUGGAAAUUUGAAUUGGCUCUUAAUUGUUUUUUUUGUUUGUUUGUCGGGUAUGAUUUUAGUAUAAACAUUUUAUUGUUUUGGUAUUAGACAGUUAAUGAUUUUCUACUUUAAUCUUUACUAGUUUAAUUUUUUUUAGUAAUUAAGCACAUGAUUUGGUUCAUACAUUACGAAUAUCUACAGAAACAAAGGUACCUGACCAUGUCGUGAUGAAACUGGAAUCACUCGAGAAGAAUGUUUCCCGUAUGCAAAAGGCUAGUAAAGAAUUUGAAGAGAAACAAGAGUCUUUGGAAACUGCACUUCAAGAUCUGCGCAUUCAACAGGAAGACAUACAUGAACAAAUAGAAUUAUCCAGACACGAAAAGAAUGAAAAAAACAAGGAAUGUCAUACAGGGCUAAGUGAUUUAAAGGACGAUUUUGCUAAGAGUCAAGUCAAGAUUGAGACACUUGAACAAGAAGUAAAAUCAAUCACAGACUCAAUGAAAGCCUUGACAUCUCAGUUCUUUUCCAGAAACAGCUUUGAAAAGGAUGCUAUGAAAUCUAUUGAAGAUUUGUCUAACAAAGUUGAGCAUUCAGAAGCUGCAUUUGAAGCUAUUACUGAGAAAGUUAAAAAACUUGAAGAUUCGCUUGAUACCCUGUCAUGUAAGUUCUCUGAUCAUCUUGAGGACCCUUGCACCCUCAGCGUUGAAAAAUAUGAUACAUUAGUAAGUUAUAUUUCAUAAAAUAAAAAUUAACGAUGUGACUGUUUGAUUCAUCUCUUUAUUGUAAUAAAUCUAUGUAUAAUAAUCGUUGUAUUACUUUUUAAAAAAUGCACAGAAAAACUAAUCAUAUUCAAGAAUUGAAUGUAACUAUAUCCAUUUCCCAAUAAUUGCUCUAAAUUAAAUUAUUAAAAUUUGUUGCAAGUAUUAUUAAAAAAAAAGAUUUUGUAAAAUGUAAACCUAAUACUCACAAAUUAAUACAAAUAUAUAUAUCACAAUACUCAAAAAUUAAUACAAAUAUAUAUCAUAUUUUUCCUGGCAUCCAUCUGUAAUGAGUGACGAUGGAGUACAAUUUGCAGGACGAAGUUACUAGGCCUGAGUUUUUGCUUUAGUGAGAUAAGCUGGGUCCCUAGACAGUAAAGUGCCUCUCUUCUCGCAUCUGGAAAUUCCAAGGGAACAUUAUGUGUGGAUGGUAACAGCAGAAGUGUCCAGAGUUUUCAUUAUGCCAAUGUCAUACCGCACACGGACACCAUCUCCAUGUUUGAAUUUAGAAAUGUCCUUCUCUUAAAUGUGUUACCGUCAAAGGUUAACAAGUCCCAUCUAACGUGGGGGCUUGUUCUGUUUUCGCUUGUCUAGGCUUUUGUCUGUGGAUUGAACUCCCGGUCGCAAGCCUGGUAUUGACUCAGUUUUGACCGGUUUCAAGUCACAAGACAGAGCAAAUCCUUUUAGUAUUGACGUCUUUAAUAAAAUUUUCAAAACGUUUUACAAAUUAUUUCAUUGAUUUUAGGAUAAGAAGUAUGGAAUGCUCUGUCAGCUGGUCUUCAAGAGGCUCUCUUCCCUUGAGGAAUUAAAAGACAUAUGCAACAGAAAUUUGACGAUGAAAGAUAGUGGCACUUUAAAGGUAAAUUGAUUAGUUUAGUCCUAAAUCUAAAUAUAUUUUUCAAAACAAUGUAAAUAGUUUGCCAAAGGAUAGGCAAGAAUUUAAUUUAAAGAGUUUGCUCUUAAUUUGAAACACUCCACUUAAUAUUGGGAUGUCAUCAAAUGUGUUUUUAGGAUGAUUCCCUUAUCAUAAAUUUUCUUUCAACUUGGAUACACUAAUGCUGAUUGUAAAUCUGUGUGUUUUGAUUUACAGAUAGAUGACAUUGAAGAAAAAAUAAAAGAGAUAACCAGGGAAAUCAAAGUUAUCGGUGAGAGUUUCAUUUUACAAAACUAAUUUUGUUAACAGAAUUGAAUAAUUCUGUGCUAUUUUACUGUUUGAAUUUCAAUAAAGUUUUUAUUAUGCACCUGCAUUAUUUUUUAGCUUAAGUCUUAGAUUGAAAAGAUGAACCGUUUUAGAAAGAAUAUAUUUUAAUUAAGCCUAUUUUACUUGUUAUGUUGUCUUUUUUUGUAACAUACUUUAAACAAUUUACUUAUAAUAUUAAAGAUAUAUCAAUUAGAUAAGCGGUUCUAAAACUUCCUCACAUUGACGCCACAAAUUGUUUUAAAAAUGUCCUAAUGUAAUGGGUCGCAAUAGCCCAUGUUGUAAUCCAGCACUCUAGUAAUAACUAUUUGAAGCAGCUUUACAAAUGUUGUUUUUAAUAAUUAAGUUUCUCGUUUGUUUAUUUUUUGUAUAAAUAGAUGUCAGUUCAAUGUGGUUGUAUAUAGACCAUCGGUGAACGCUCCUUCUGCUUCCAUGGGCCCACGUUCUGGAACCAGCUCCCCUUCCAUAUACGUCAUAGUGAAACCUCGUCCAUUUUCAAAAAGUCCCUUAAAACUCAUCUGUUUAGGUCCGCCUAUGACCUGUGAUGCACCCUCCUUGCCCUACCUCAUUUUCUGUUUCGGGUUGAUCCUGAAGUGUCAAAGUGUCCUCUUUUUAUAGCCAUUUUCAUUGUUUCUAUAGAAUAGUAGUUACUAUCCUAGUGUCUCAUUUGUAUUUACUUAGUUUACAUGUUUUAAUAAUUGUAAAGCGCUUAAUCUAUAGAAUAGUAGUUACUAUCCUAGUGUCUCAUUUGUAUUUACUUAGUUUACAUGUUUUAAUAAUUGUAAAGCGCUUAGAGCUUUAUGAUAAGCGCUAUAUAAAAAUGCCUAAAUAAAUAAAUAAAUAUUUGAUUUAGUUUUCGAAGCGUAUCUCCACUUAUUAUUGUUGGGAUUAAUCUAAGAGAAGUAAUUGAAGCAAGUUGAAUGAAUUGUAAUAAGUAUUAUUAAGCAUUCGAUUUUACUAAGAGGUGAUGAGGAAAUAAUAAAGAGUAUGAUGACGCCAAAAGUGUCAAAAGAAUAAAGAAGCUUAAAUAUCGUACAUUUUCUAAAAGUAAUUUAUUCAAAUUGGUGUUAUUUGUAAGGCCGCAGAAUGACAGUUUUGGCGGCAGUGAGAAUGUUAUCAAGUAAGCUGAGACUACCUUUAGUAGCCAUUCAUUCCAGUAUGGUUAGUACAUAAAGUGUAAACAAGAACAUACAAUAGUCACUAUUUCGCAGUGCACGACUUGUUCAGAAUUUUUUUAAGGUUGAUUAAGGAAAAAAACAUGAAUGAAGCUAGGGUACGUGACUCUAAAAUGGAUUGAGAACCACUUGAAUAAUAUGUAAAAUUUAAUUGUAUUUUUACUAUUUUAACAGAUCUUAAAUUUUGGGAACCUCUGAAAGGAUUCUCUGUAUUUGCCGAACUUGAUCUGCCCCCACACUCAGACUUUAUGAAAGACUUCAAACGUCACUGCGCUCUUCAAGGGGUCAACGUGGAUGAAACGAAAGGACUAUAUCCAGUCUCAGUCAGUGGGUUUUAUAGCAUCAGCACAUCCGUCAAAUAUAAGAAUAAUACGCUCUUGAACACACUCGUAUGCUACACAACUAAAGGAUCUGACACUGAUACAGAGCCUGCCGAGUGUCACUUCCUGUAUCGAUUGCAAGGCGACGAGAGCGUCACUUACUUCACUGAGCUGUCAGAGGGAGAUUUGCUGCACUUAGAACUGCAAGAUAACGAUAAUCGCAUGCAUGUUCGAAUCCACUUCUCUUGCGCUUUGAUGAAGAGAUACAAUUAAAUAACAGAAGCAUCCAUUAGAUCAUCUAUAUGAUUUUAUUUAACUUUUUUUAAUGGAUUGCACAGUUUAAACAAAAUAAAAAUUUAAAUUAAAUUUAAAAAUAACAAGAAUGUGAUCCAUUUUCUAUUUUAAUAGUCAAUCAAUCAAUAAAAGGUGUAUUAUUUUAAAUCCAAUUCAAAAAUUACUUUUUAAACUGUAAAAUAUCAUAAGUGUAAUCAUCAAUGUUCGACAAGAAUAGCCAC